GACUGAAGUGACUUGUCUGUAGAUUUGUUUUCCACGUGUUGAGUUCACGCACAGACGAGAGCAGCAGCGACGAUGAGUGUAACGACAGCAGCCAGAGGAUUUGUUCUCUUCCUUCUCACUGUGCCAGUGAUACAAGGUCAGAAAGCUUAUGAUGUUAAAUACACUUCUACUGAGAUCUGUGGCCUCAGAGGAUCAACAGUGGACAUGAGCUGCACCUACACAUACCCACGCAGGGUGGGUAACCAGGACACCACAGUUCAGGAAUCAUUCUGGUUCAUCAGAGAAAGUAAUGGGAUAUGUGCUGAUCUGAAAUCAGAGCCAGAUUAUUCAGGUCGUGUGGAGUAUCUGUGUGACAACAACAGAUGCACUCUGACAAUCAAAGACCUGAGAGAGAGCGACGCAGCUCUGUACAAGUUCAGGUUCAUAACAAACCAGUCUGGAGGGAGUUUUACUGGUUUACCUGGAGUCACUCUGUCUGUCACAGAUUUACAGGUGCAGGUGGACACAUUACAUGAAUAUCAGUUCUAUAGUCAAGCAAAGCUCACAUGUCAGAGCAGUUGUCUCCCUGAUCAUUCGUCAUUCAUCUGGUACAAAGGUCAAUCGAAGGCGACGGAAGGAGCGACUUAUUCAGAUUAUUUUUACUCUUCAGACAGUAUUUCCUGUGCCGUGAAAGGACAUGAGAGUUUUCACUCUCCAUCAGUGUUGAUACAGAGGCAGAAAGGUUAUGAUGUUAAAUACACUUCUACUGAGAUCUGUGGCUUCAGAGGAUCAACAGUGGACAUAAGCUGCACCUACACAUACCCACGCAGAGUGGGUUACCAUGACACCACAGUUCAGAAAACAUUCUGGUUCAUCAAAGAAAGUAAUGAGAUUCAUGCUGAUCUGAAAUCAGAGCCAGAUUAUUCAGGUCGUGUGGAGAAUCUGUGUGACAACAACAGAUGCACUCUGACAAUCAAAGACCUGAGAGAGAGCGACGCAGCUCUGUACAAGUUCAGGUUCACAACAAACCAGUCUGGAGGGAGUUUUACUGGUUCACCUGGAGUCACUCUGUCUGUCAGAGACCCACAGCUCCAGAUUAAUGUGAGAUCACUUGAUCACUAUUCUCCCUGGAAAGAGCUGACAUGUCACAGCAGUUGUCAGCUGCCUGAUGAUCUUUCCUACGUCUGGUACAACAAUGGACAGAAAGUUAGAGGAAAAACAAAAUAUCUUCACCUUCGAGUCUUCUCUCCAACAGACAGCUAUCACUGUGAACAUGGGAGUAUCCGUUCUCCUCCAGUCUAUGCUCCAAAGCUUCCCUCUGUGUCAGUGAGUCCCUCUGGUGUGAUAGUGGAGGGCAGUUCAGUGACUCUGAACUGCAGCGCUGAUGCUAACCCAGAAGCUACUUGUAUCUGGUACAAGAAUCAAACAUUGAUUAAAGGAGCAGAGAGAAUUUAUCGCCUCAGUCCCAUCAGCUCUGAGGACAGAGGACGUUACGAUUGCAGCUGUCAGAAUCUCUAUGGAACAACAACAACAUCUAAAUAUGUACAUGUCCAGUAUGCUCCAAAGUCUCCCUCUGUGUCAGUGAGCCCCUCUGGUCUGAUAGUGGAGGGCAGUUCAGUGACUCUGACCUGCAGCGCUGAUGCUAACCCAGCAGCUAAUUACACCUGGUACAAGGAGAACACACAUGCACACGCUCAAUUACUCAGAGAGUUUGUGUUUACAUCUAUUCAGUCUUCAGACUCUGGACUGUAUCGCUGUGUGGCUCGUAAUGAGCUGGGAGAAAGUCCAGGAAACAUCACUGUUGCUGUGGAAUAUGCUCCAAAGCUUCCCUCUGUGUCAGUGAGUCCCUCUGGUGUGAUAGUGGAGGGCAGUUCAGUGACUCUGAACUGCAGCGCUGAUGCUAACCCAGAAGCUACUUGUAUCUGGUACAAGAAUCAAACAUUGAUUAAAGGAGCAGAGAGAAUUUAUCGCCUCAGUCCCAUCAGCUCUGAGGACAGAGGACUUUACGAGUGCAGCUGUCAGAAUCUCUAUGGAACAACAAGAACAUCUAAAUAUCUACAUGUCCAGUAUGCUCCAAAGUCUCCCUCUGUGUCAGUGAGCCCCUCUGGUCAGAUAGUGGAGGGCAGUUCAGUGACUCUGACCUGCAGCUCUGAUGCUAACCCAGAAGCUACUUGUAUCUGGUACAAGAAUCAAACAUUGAUUAAAGGAGCAGAGAGAAUUUAUCGCCUCAGUUCCAUCAGCUCUGAGGACAGAGGACUUUACGAGUGCAGCUGUCAGAAUCUCUACGGAACAAGAAGAACAUCUAAAUAUGUAGAUGUCCUCUAUGCUCCAAAGCUUCCCUCUGUGUCAGUGAGUCCCUCUGGUCAGAUAGUGGAGGGCAGCUCAGUGACUCUGACCUGCAGCGCUGAUGCUAACCCAGCAGCUACUUACACCUGGUACAAGGACAAUGAAGACUCAGUAAAAGCAACAGGACACAACUUCACCAUCACUGACAUCAGACCUGAACAUGGAGGACAGUAUUACUGUAAAGUCAAGAACACCAGAGGGAGCCAGAGAGCCAUGUUCAGUUUGGAUGUGACAGUUUCCACUGAAGUAUUAAAAACAGCAAUCACUGGAACAACCACUGCUGUUUUGUUUGUCAUGGUACUUCUCACCAUCAUCUUUCUGAUGAGAAAAAAGAGGACCUCUGAGCAGCCAUCUGAGCCUGGAGAUAGAGCAAACCACAGUGAACAGUUGGAGGAAGUGGUUGAGCCUCACUACGUCAGCGUCCACUUUGUGAAGAAGCAGACAGAUGCAAUCUAUUCCAACAUCCAGCCCGGGCCUCACAGAAACAUGAUGAAGCAGAGGGAGAACGAGGAGGAUGUUGUUGAGUAUUCUGCUGUCAAGUUCAGAUCCAGAGGACAGGAAACUGUGGAGGAUCCAACUGCUUUGUACAGUGUGGUCAAAAAACCCACUCACUGACACACUGUGAAGCAUUUAAGUCCACAUGUAAAUAUUCCAAAGCUACAGUGUUGCAGCCAGGAUGAAGUUCUCUGAUCACUUUGUGGAUUCCCUGCACUAUCGCUUUCUCAUUUAGCCUAAGAAUUGAAAUAUGUAUCAAACAAUUGUUGUUUGAUACAUAUUUUAUCAACCCAUAUGUUAUAACAUUUCAGUAAAAACCAUGUACAGUAUGUAAAGAUGACAUGACAAAAUUACUUCCCACCCUGCUGAUGUCUUUGAACGCACCGUCAGUGCUGCUCGUCUGAGAGCGAUCGUCGUCUAAACGAUCUGUGGUGUGUGCGUCUAUGAAGCCGUGAGUUGCAAUGUUUUGCUUGUGUAUUGCACUUUGUUGGUGUUUGUGUUUAUUCAUGUGUCUUUUGAUGACCUGGAAGUUGUGUUUUUUCCAUCAGUUAUGUGAUGUAAUGACUAAUUAGUCCCUAAUUAGUGACGUGAAGCUAGCUGCUAACUGGUGAUCAGAGAAGUUUAUGUUGCGGUAUUGAUCAUCUGCAUUGCUGGUCCCUGUUGCUUGUGAGUUGAUGAUUGAUUAAUGACUGUCUGUCCAUCCAUCUUAGGUUUUUAUGUUGCAUAGAAACCAAUCGAUGACAGUUCAUUUAGUUUAUUUGAGUAAUGUUGACGCUACAUUCACUACUUAUCUGAAGCUGUAUUUUCCUUUGUUACCUUUGGAUAGCUCAGUGUAUUUCUAUAUGUUAGUUUUGUUAUUUUCUAAUCAGACAGUAUUGUGUUGUGCUUGUAUUGCAGCAACCACACACCCUCACGCAAAAAUUGAUAAACAGCUUGAACCUUAUUAAAGGACUCCGCCUCUUUUUCAUGCACUCAGAAGAACUGUACAAAAGUGUCCUGACCCGACACCCUGUAGUGAUUGCUG